AUGGUCGCCAUCGCAGAGGGCCAUGUCUAUGCGCCUGUAAAGGUGCCACAAAUCCGCUCACCGACGCCGCCCCUCCACCCGCCGCCGCUCCCGAUGGACACGGCGGAGGAGGAAACGCAGCCCCCGAUACUCUCGUUCCCCUUCGGCAGAGUUCCCGACGAGUGGGAAGUCCACACAAUCCCCUCCGGUGUCGACCUGCGCUCUUCAAGCCACGGCAACCCAGAGGACGCGCUUGAAGACUCGCACGCGGUGCAGGACACCGUACUGUACAAGAUUGAGCACGAGGACGCGCCGUUCCAGAUCAAAACCGAGGACUCACCCGAAGAACGCUCGCUCAAGGCCUCCACCUACUACUACAACCGCGCCGCCCGCAUCAUCACGACCGACGACAUCCGGCAGGCCGAUGUCCGUGCGCGCGUCCGACAGGCGUGCGGUGGUCUCGGGGGACUUCUCUCCCCACCGCCGCCGCUGCCGAAGAGGUCGCCGACGGUGGCGAGGCCGCCCAUUAGGGGGCGUGCCAGAGCGUCCACAACCUUGGCCAGAGCUAGCAGUCCCUACGAGCGAGUCGCCAGCUCGUCCACUUGUCCGCGCUCGAGCUCGUAUACCGGGUUGCUCGCCGGUGCAUCCUCCAUGUCGACGGACCGCACGCCGUCGCCGAUGACCGUCCCUGGUGCAGAGGAUGGGUUGAUCUCGAGAGCGUCCUCCGGGUCCGUUUCCGUCGCGUCCGGUAGUUCCAACCCGCUCACAGACCCGCGCUCUCUCUCGCGGAAGAGCGACUGCGAUAAGAUCGUCAAAGAAGGGCAGGUGCAACGAGUUUGCUGGUGGGAGGAGAAGGAGGUGAAGAACGUUCAGCUCAACGAGGACGGCGAGCCAGUUUCCCUCAUCCCCGACUUGCAGAGCGAGUUCUGGAAGACUCUCGCCGAGUUCCCGUGUCACCGUCCUCUGCCCGCGAUGGCCGAGCACGAGCUGAUGAGGGCCUACGAGGAAGACAAAAACGUGAGGGCGUUGUUCGAAUUCGUCCCGGAGCACCAGGAAAUGUUCGACGAGUUGACGGCUCUGCGAGCGACGACCUACCAAGACAUUUCUCAGCAAAGACGCAGAGACAAGAUCAUCGCGCAUCAUGUGGCGGUCUUGAUGGAGGCAGCGUGUUUCCUGCGGAUGCGACAGUCAGCUCUUCCAUUCUCGAAGAUGAGCAUUCGACAUCCUACGCGCCGCCUAGCUGUGGAAGAGCUCCUAGAGCGCGCGGCGUCUGUCGCGAACCUCGCGAUGCUGCGUACCCACUCGGAACCAACCCCUGUCCAGAUCGCGGCGAUCAACGAAUACACUCUCCUCUUGGAGUCUGAGCUCAAAUUUCUUCCCCAGAACGACAAUGCCACACGCGAGAGGAUCCUGGCACAACUGGACAUCCACCGAUCCAUCUUCGCCCCCAUCCGCCGCCUCCCCACAGAGCUCUUGAUCGAGAUCUUCUCUCUACUGGCGUACGAAUCAUCCUUGCGUACUCUACAGAUUGCAUCCACCAUUGCGCGGGUCUGCGCCGUCUGGCGGGACAUCGCGCACGGGCUCACGAAAUUCUGGACAAAACUAGUCGUCAAAUCCUUGAGCGACAUCAAACGAUACUGCCAGCUAUUCCUUCCUCUGACAAAGGGGAAACUACCAGAUCUGAGAUGCGAUAAUCCCAAGAUCUUGGGGUCACUAUGGGAUGGCAUCGAACCGUACGCCUCUACCUGGCGCUCUCUUUCGAUCGAGGGCCGUCUCAGCAUGAUUCCCGAUUUGAAAGUCCUCUACAUGGAGAAUCUCGAGAGACUUGUCGUCGACGCGUAUGAUAAACCUGAGUCUCCGGAACUCAGUGUGCUCGAUUUCGUCGUCGCACCGCGUCUUCGCCACAUAGCGCUCACGCUUGACGUGCUGCAAAGCGAGCGUCAGCUUCACGUCCCUGUAACACGAGCACUCACGUCUCUUGAGAUCGAAGUGAUGUCACCCUUUCCCAUCACACAUACCCUACCCCUUCUGCGAGCGUGCGCGGGAACGCUGGAAACGCUCACUCUCAAAGUUCGCCAUCCUCUGGAAGGCUCCGAAGGCUCAUAUCCCACGAGCGUAUCCGACACGUUUGCCAUGAAUGCGCUCACCCUGCUCAGCCUCAUCGAUCCUGCCUGCGCGUUGCUUAACCAUAUAACCGCCCCACACAUCGAGGAGCUCGCCCUCGGUAAUGUGCCCGCAUAUGGAACGCGAUCGCUCAUGGGCUUCUUGACUCGGGAUGAAACCUCACGUCAUUUGAUUGCAUUGCGGGUCUAUAAGGUGGAAGAACGAGACAUCCACGCCUGGAUACCAUGCCUCCAGCUCAUGGACAAGCUCAGGGACCUAUUCUUCGACGAGCUCCUGUCGAAUAGACGGUUCCUCGAGCAACUUAUACGUUACGAAGACCGCCCACCCUUGCUGCCGUCGCUGAAGAAUAUCGCCAUCUGGGACAUCUUCCGCAAACACCGGGACCUACACGAUAUCAUUGGCGAAAUGUGCGCUUCGAGGGCAAAAUUCACAGUUGUGAACGGCAGGAGGAGGUUGGAGACGAUAAGCUGGAUCAACGAAUGGGGGUGAACUACGUCGCGUCCGCCUCCCAGUACGUCGGUGGUGAUGCUGCCGAAAUGAUAAUUGGACUCGUCGCCCUUCCAUUCGCUGGUCGGGCGUCCAUCCGCGAACCCCUCGACUGCCCAUCCCCGUCCUCUGGCAUCCCCUCCAUGCGCCUCCUCCUUCCCCAGCGACACCCUCCCCCCCCCCC